GAAGAAAUGAUCAUUUCACAAGAUGAUGUCGAUUCUUAUGGAAGUAUUGAAACAAACAAAGUUAUUUCACCAACACCACCAAGUUGGAUAGUUGUACAAAUAAGACGUUUGGAACAUAUUUCAUGGUGGUGGAAAAUAUUAUUUUUAUUAUUUUUAUUUUUAUUGCCUUGUCUUUUAGCUACUUGGAUAUGGCACUGGAUAUCCUUGGAAACCAUUCAAUGGUUGGAACACUGGUCACGUCAACAACGAAAACAAUGGCAAUGUUUAUUAUAUUAUCUCAUUGAAGUGAGUUUUGUAUUACUUUGUUUUCCUGCUGCAGUGUUUUCUUUGGGUGCAGGCUUCUUAUUGGGUCCUUGGUGGGGUGCCUUGAUAAGUGUUGUUGCUCUUUCUACGGUUGCUUGCAUUGCCUUUGUAUUGGCUCGAUAUAUUUUCUAUUCUUUUUUUUAUGAUGUUGCAGUUGAAUUGUUUUCCUUGAAUAGAUUGGAACAGUGGAAUGUGGUUAUGACCCAUCGUGCCUUUAUGAUGACUUUGUUGAUACGUGCUUCACCUCUAUUCCCAUUCACUUUAUCCAGUUUCCUAUUAGGCAUAACAGAUGCUUCCAUUGCCAAGUUUCUUAUGGCUACUAUUUAGCCCAUUCUUUGGUACAAGUUAUGACACUG